AUGAUUAAUUGUAAAGAUAUUGAUAAAUCUUCUAAUAUCGUUGAAACAUUAACAGCAUCAUCAAUCUUACGUAAAAAUAAUGAACGAUACUCAACUGAUAAAAAUAUGUUUAAAGAAAAAGAAGUACAUAGACGAGCGCACGAACGCGCUCAGGCGUAUCUCGAAGAGAAACAAAUUUUAAAACUUUUCAACUUUCUAAUCGGUCAUCUUCUCGUAGAGGAACCACCUGAUCCAAUUCAAUACCUCGAAAAACUUCUUAAGGAAUGUAUAUUGUACAGAUCAGGCAUGAAAAAGCCACCAUUAUUAUUUCAAACAAGGCAUAUUCGAAGUAUAUUUCGAUCGCUUGGUCCAGACGAUUGCAAUACUAUUUCUUUAGAUAAAUAUACAACAGGUAUGACCAUAUUAGGAAUCUGUGAUUACGAACCAAAUCCUUUCGAGUGUAUGCCUGGACACGUCGACUGGCAUACAUUUAAAAAAGAAGCGAGGCGAUGUUUGGAUAAAGCUCUUGACGAUAUGAUUGGCAAAGAAAGAAAUGAUUUAUCGUAGAAAAAAAUGCUUUUCAUAUUCUUUGCAUCAACAUAAAAAAUUGUAAUUCAAAAAGUUAGAUUGAAACCCGCCAAUUCAAACGUAUUUAAAUCAAUCGAAAUUAAUUCCAAAUUUCUCUGCUUGGUGGCGCACUCGUCGAAUAUAAAGCCCUUUCCGCCUCAUACCCUAACGUCAGUUAGAUUAGUCGUGUGCAGCACGCAAGUAGUAGUAGUGUUGGGUGCCAUUGUGCAAGCAACUCUGUCGAGUAUACCUGCGUCUGUAUUUGCGCGUAAGACAAUUAUUAUAACAAAGUAACGAAGGAUAUUUAUUUAAGAAGAAACAACGAACAACGUAUGGAGAAAGAAGACAAGUUUUAUCGCAGAUGCAGUUUUGAUAAUUUCAUAAUAACCAAACAUACUUAUAAAAGCAAGAAAUACAUCUUCGUCGAUUGUGUUGUACGCAAUACACACGUGUGUUGCCUCGAGCUCGAUAGCUAUACUAUACAUAUACACAAUGCGAUGUGAUCGCCGAUGAUACGCAACGAAAUCAUA